CUGCCCACCCCGCAUCCCGGGUACCCCGGCUCCUCCGACUCCUACUCAGUGGACCCCUCCCCCCAGGACUCCCGCGUGGGGCUCGCAGCUGCUGGGUUCUCCUGUCCCUACCCGGCGCGGAGUCGGGAGGCACCUGGGGUUGGAGAGUCCUGCUGGCAGGGCCCGGCUGGGGAAGAAGCCUGGGGCAGUGGCCGGUGCUAACAAAGGGAGCCGGGCGCCGGCCGCCGUGGGCGCAAAGCGGGCGGCCGCUGUGGAGCCCGCCGAGGAGCUGCACCCUCCGCGGCAGACAGGCAGCGAGCCGGGAAACUGAGGUUCGCGGCUGGGAGAGGGGAGAGGAACCAUAACAAACGCACGUGCACCCUGCCUUGGGAUCUGGGCGCCCGACAAGCGUUUAGGAGCCGCCUGCGGUGUCCGGCCAUUGUCCUUAGCCGCCGGGGGAGCGAGAGAAGCCGGAGGCGCCACUUGCCGGAGGAGGGCGAGAGAGACAUUUAAAAGGCAGAGAUAGAGCCAUCUAUGCAAAGAGCUCUGCAGUAAGCAGCCAUGAGAGAAGCAGUGAGUGUCAUGGAGACCAGCUGAAAGGAACUGGUCCUUUGAACCUGUCCCAAGCCCUGGUAUGAGAUUUCCGUCACAGUGUUGAGAUGGUUUUUGACUUCGUUGAGAAAGAUGAGCUUUAACCUCCAGACCCAUUAUCCCUCCCAUGGAGAAUAGCUCUAGUUCCUGAGAACCAGGAGGGCCUGCAGGCACCAGCAGCAGGCUUGUUUUCCUGCUCAGAACAGAGUGGCUUCCCUGAACACACCUUUCAUUAUGAUUCACAUCAAUCUAAAGAAAAAGCUCAGCUACUGUGUCCUGGCCUUUUUCCUGUUUGGGAUCAUUUGCGUGUGGAAGGAAAUGAAGAAGGGGAGUUACUAUGAUUUCUUUAAAUUGCAAACAAAGGAAUUCCAGGUGUUGAGGAGUCUGGAGAAACUGACCAUGGGACCUUUGUCCUCAAGCAGCACCCAGGACCCCCGCAGGGGCAGCCAGACCCUCAGUAGUUCCAGGGUCUCAGCGAAGGCCAAGCCACAGUCCUCCUUCCAGGUGUGGAACAAAGACAGCUCUUCCAAAAACCUCAUCCCCAGGCUGCAGAAGAUCUGGAAGAAUUACCUGAGAAUGAACAAGUACAAAGUGUCCUAUAAGGGGCCAGGGCCUGGUGUCAAGUUCAGUGCAGAAGCCCUGUACUGCCACCUCCGGGACCACGUGAAUGUGUCCAUGGUAGAGGCCACAGAUUUUCCCUUCAAUACCUCUGAAUGGGAGGGUUACCUGCCCAGGGAGAACAUCAGGACCAAGGCUGGGCCAUGGAGCAGGUGUGCCGUUGUCUCAUCGGCGGGAUCCCUGAAGUCCUCCCAACUUGGCCAAGAAAUAGAUGAUCAUGAUGCUGUCUUGAGGUUUAAUGGGGCACCCACAGCCAACUUCCAACAAGAUGUGGGCACGAAAACCACCAUUCGCCUGAUGAACUCUCAGUUGGUCACUACAGAAAAGCGCUUCCUCAAAGACAGUUUGUACAAUGAAGGAAUCCUAAUUGUGUGGGACCCGUCUAUAUACCAUUCAGAUAUCCCAAAGUGGUACCAGAAUCCUGACUACAGUUUCUUUAACAACUAUAUGAGCUAUCGUAAAAAGUAUCCCGAUCAGCCCUUUUAUAUCCUUAAGCCCCAGAUGCCUUGGGAGCUGUGGGACAUCCUUCAAGAAAUUUCCCCAGAGGAGAUUCAGCCAAAUCCUCCAUCCUCUGGGAUGCUUGGCAUCAUUGUCAUGAUGACGCUGUGUGACCAGGUGGAUGUUUAUGAGUUCCUCCCUUCCAAGCGCAAGACUGAUGUUUGCUACUACUACCAGAAGUUCUUCGACACUGCCUGCACGAUGGGCGCCUACCACCCGCUCCUCUUUGAGAAGAACAUGGUGAAGCACCUUAACCAGGGCACAGAUGAGGAUAUCUACCUGCAUGGAAAGACCACACUGCAUGGCUUCCAGAAAAUUCGCUGCUGAGUAUGGGCUCCUUGGCUAGCCCCCCCUCACCCUUCUCAUUGGGGCAUGCUGCGGCUGUUCUCUUGGCCACCCUGCAUCAGGGGAGACCAUGUUCCUGACAAUUCCAGCCUGCUUCUUGUGCUCUGGGGUCUUCUGUCAGCAAAAGCUCUGGGGCUCCAGGGGCCUGAGGGCAAGGAACCAGGUCCAGCCUUCCCUGUAGCCACAACGAGGUGUGUGAGCCCAAAGCCUCCACCACACAUGGGCAUACACCUAGGCUUCUUACUGGACUGGUCCUCCUUUCCUUCUACACUGGUGGAUGCAAGAUCUGCCUUUCCCACCAGGGCUGCCAAAGCUGGACUUUGAUUUCCUCUCUUGAAUGAUGUUAUUCCGGCAAGCCAGCACUCUGCAUUGCUUGAAAUUUCAUGUUUUAAAGAAAUUCCCCCAAAUUAUGACUGUGCCCAGUACAGGGUGGCUUGGGGAGGUGAGGGUGGGGUGGCAAGUAAGUUGUAUGGGACACAGGAAAAUGCUUGAUUCCUCCAGAACAAAGUUGCUCCCCAGGUCCAUGCCCCUGGAGUCAUCUGUUUCUGGUACUUGGGCAGGUUUGGCUGGUCCUUAGCUUCAGUGCUUAUGAGAAAAGAGUAUUGAUAAGCUUACCUUCCCUCUCCAUAUGGAGAUGAAAGAUACAGUCUGUCUUCAAGCUAUUCACAGUUCAGUCAGUGGGAGAGAGAGACUUGUCAAUGGGCAGUUUUAAUUCCGUAUGCUCAGUGUGCUGGGUGCUAGCAGAGAGAUGGGUUUGCUGUGCUAUCUGUGCACCCAGGAGGGGCCACAGACCUAGAGUGUCUGUAGGUCACACAGGACUUCGUAGAAAUGGGGGCAUUUGAGUGGAUCCGGCAGAUUUUGUCUGUGUCACUUGAGUUGUGUUUUCAUUUCUGCCUUUAGCACCUGCAUUUAUUCUCUAAGACCUGCCUGAAGUUAUAGGCUCAAGAUAUUUUUUGAGGACACCCCUAUCUGUGUCUGAGGCAAUGAUGCACAGUCCCAUGGCAGACACCGGGCAAGUCAGAUGUCAAAACCCUAAUUUCUCUGGAUUUGGCCUGGCCUGACCUUGUCCUACCAGCUGGGUUUGUACCUUGUACUCCAACUCUUUCUUUUUAAUGCCUACCCCCAAACAUCCCCUGAUUGCCUCCUUUUCUUUCCCUUUAAAAUGGCCUUCUCCCUCCCAAAUUACUUUUAAGCAUUUUCUGCCUAAAAGGAUCCCGAUUAGAUUUCUUUGACCUUCCCAAACUUCUGUGGAAGUUCUCUCAGAGAGUGCAGGAGGUGGUUCCCCGUGCGUGGAGUCAACUUUAGAGGUCAGAACCUUAGAGAUCAUGCUUAAUUCUCAACAGGGAGUGCAGAUUGCCAUGCCCACCCUUCCUCUCCAGAGAGCAGUGGCAGAGGCCCACCCACGUGCCAUUUGCAAACAUGCUCCCUGGGUAGUUUUGUGAUGCCCCCUCCCACUGGUUGAGAACCACACAGGACUGGUCUGGCCCCUGGCUUGGAGAGGCUAAAAGACUUGCUCAUGGUCACAGAGUCAUGCUGGGGAGCCAGGGCUCCUAAGACCUGAUUCUGGACUCCUGAGGCCGGUCCCACUUGCUCAAGGGACUCCAACAUGUGAGCUCCAAAGAAGUUUGGAGCUGGAGUACCCAUUUACUGCCAAACUUUGGCUUAUGUAGGCAGGAGAAAGAGCACUGGAGUAAGGAGUACUGGGUUUUCAAACCAAUGCUCCCCUACUCACUAGCUGUGUCACCAUGGGCAAAUUCUCUUCUCUGAGCCUUUGUUUCUGCUUCCUACCUCGCAGGGCUGUUGUGAUGAAUCUAUGAAAGCUCCUGCCCUGGCUAUGCUCUUGGCACGUAGUAGGUGCUCAGUACAUACUGGUUUUCUUCAUCCCUUUACUGAGAACCUGCUAUGUGCUCACACUUGGGCUGAACCAGACCCUGCUUCCAGGGAGGCCAGAGUUGGGGAGGCCCUGUCCUCAGGGAACUAACUGUCCUAUUGGGAGACAACUGCUCCACCUUGAAACCCCCAGGAAACCAGCCAAGGCAGUGGGAGUGGGGGUGUGUAGAAUACAGAACAACCUUCUACUUCUCUUCACCACACGCAGCUCAGGUCUGAUACUGCUUCGCAACAGGUAGAGCACCCAGGCCACUAAACUGCUGUAUAGAACGAGUCUUUUACAUUUCUCCGGGCCUAGGAAUUCCUGGCUUGCUUUACGUUCUGAUUUGACAAACUUAUUGUAAGCUUUGAAUCAUGAAUACUGGGAGUAGGGAAGGUAGCAUUCUGUCAGCAGGAAAUAAUUUUUGGUGUGGAGACCAAGAAUACACUGGGUAGAUGUCAGUUUUUAAUUUUUAUUAUUAAUAUAAAGGAUCAAAUAAUUUAAGUAUGAUUCUGAAAUUUACAGAAUUUUUGAUUCUGUGCUUUCUAUUUGUGGAAACUUUUGCAAAAUGCAAACAAGCUAUGGGUAUUAUUGUGGGUCUGAUCAGAUGUUUAAUAUUUGUGACAGAUUAUUUAAAAAUUAUGAUGGAUGCUGCAGGAAAGCCUCUGUCUAUAUUGGGUUUUGUCUUCAGUAGCCAUUUAUUCAUCCUCUAUUAGGAGGUCCUCUAAUCCUUCCACCAAUCUUAUAAGCUAUUGAUCUUGGUUUGGAGUUGAAACAUUAGUCUCAGAAACUUCCCAGUCUUGCCUAAGCUAAUUCUGAAUUACCCAAAGAUUAUGUAAAUCUUAAAAAUAAAUAUGUGUUGUUUUUUAAA